GCCCCCUUCCCGGCCCCUGUGUCGCGGCUUCCGUGCUCCCGCUCACCAUGUACUGCUCACUCCGGCCCCUUCAGCGCCUGGGCAGCACGCGGGGGCUCCUCGCGCUCCAGCCGCCGCCGCGCGCCGCUCUCCUGUGCCAGCCUCAGCAGCGGACGCUGCCGCCGCGCGCCGCCGGGAUGGCCAGUCAAGACUCUUUUAGAAUAGAAUAUGAUACCUUUGGUGAACUAAAGGUCCCAAAUGACAAGUAUUAUGGUGCCCAGACUGUGAGAUCUACAAUGAACUUUAAGAUAGGUGGUGUUAGCGAGAGGAUGCCAGUUCAAGUUAUAAGAGCUUUUGGCAUCUUGAAACGAGCAGCUGCUGAAGUAAAUCAGGAUUAUGGUCUUGAUCCGAAGAUUGCUAAUGCCAUUAUAAAGGCAGCAGAUGAGGUAUCUGAAGGUAAAUUAAAUGAUCACUUUCCUUUGGUGGUGUGGCAAACUGGAUCUGGAACACAGACCAACAUGAAUGUAAACGAAGUCAUAAGCAAUAGAGCCAUUGAAAUAAUGGGAGGUAAACUUGGAAGCAAGGAUCCAGUGCAUCCUAAUGAUCAUGUUAAUAAAAGCCAGAGCUCAAAUGAUACGUUCCCAACAGCAAUGCAUAUUGCUGCUGCACAAGAGGUUAAUGAAGUGUUGUUACCUGGACUACAGAAGCUACAAGAUGCACUUGAAGCAAAAUCCAAAGAAUUUUCCCAAAUCAUAAAAAUAGGGCGCACUCAUACACAGGAUGCUGUUCCACUUACUCUUGGGCAGGAAUUCAGUGCUUAUGUGCAACAAAUUAAAUAUGGUGUGGCUAGGAUUAAAUCAGCCAUGCCAAGAGUCUAUGAGCUGGCAGCUGGUGGCACUGCAGUUGGUACAGGAUUAAAUACCAGGAUUGGUUUUGCUGAGAAGGUUGCUGCUAAAGUGUCUUCACUGACAGGCUUGCCUUUCAUCACUGCUCCAAAUAAAUUUGAAGCUCUUGCUGCUCAUGAUGCUCUAGUUGAACUCAGUGGGGCAAUGAACACUGUGGCUUGCAGUCUGAUGAAGAUAGCUAAUGAUAUUCGUUUCUUGGGUUCUGGACCACGCUCUGGUCUAGGGGAACUCAUCCUGCCUGAAAAUGAACCUGGAAGCAGCAUUAUGCCAGGAAAAGUAAACCCUACCCAGUGUGAGGCUGUAACCAUGGUGGCAGCUCAAGUGAUGGGAAAUCAUGUCGCUGUUACAGUGGGAGGCAGCAAUGGACAUUUUGAAUUGAAUGUUUUCAAGCCCAUGAUCAUUAAAAAUGUAUUAAACUCUGCAAGGCUCCUUGGAGAUGUUUCUGUUUCCUUCACUGACAACUGUGUGGUCGGAAUCCAAGCCAACACGGAGAGGAUCAACAAACUAAUGAACGAGUCUUUGAUGUUGGUGACGGCGCUUAAUCCCCACAUAGGAUAUGACAAGGCAGCCAAGAUUGCCAAAACAGCACACAAAGAAGGGACAACACUAAAAGAAGCAGCUAUUAAGCUUGGAUUCCUUACAUCAGAACAAUUUGAUCAGUGGGUGAAGCCUAAAGAUAUGCUAGGUCCUCAGUAAUUUUAACAAGUGUACUUAAAAGGAAAAAAAUUAAAUUGUAUAAAACAAAAUAUUUUGCAGCUCACUUCGUUUUUCAUGGCCACUUAUAUUAUGAUUGAAGUGCUUUUCCAUAUGGGUCAUAAGGUUAUAUGAGGAAAUUGUUCUAAUAUAAUAAAUAUAUGCAAAUAUAAUAAAUAUUCCAAAAAGAUUGAUUCAUCCAACUGCA